AUGGACAACGGUGAUAUCAAUCUUGAAGAAGGGGAGCUUGAUGUAGAUCUCAGCGAUGAGGAGGGAUGCAAGUUGAAAAAUGAAAAUGAUUUAAGAAAGGAAGAAAAGCUAGAUAAAGAAGCUGAAGUAAAAAAGCACAAGAAGAAAGAAAAAAAGGCUAAGAAGGAAAAGAAGCAUAAGAAGAAAAAGAAAAAACAUAGGCAUGACAACAAGGAAAAAUGUUCUAUUAAUAAUGGUGAUGUUGUUCAACCGCCUGUGAAUGAAGCAAAAGUAGAAGAUCUUGGAAGUCCCAAAAAAGAAAUUGAUGACGUCCCAUAUGUUCCAAAACGCGUUCCUAUCUCUCUGGAGGAGCUGAUUUUAAAAAGGAAGGCGGAAGAGGCAGAAUUAAUCAAACCGAAAUUUAUAUCUAAGGAGGAGCGUAUUCAGCAAGCCAUCCAAAGAAGACAAGCUGAAGUUCAAGCUCAACGUGAAAAACAGAUGGAGGCCUUCAAAAAACAGACGGAAUAUCUUGAAGGGGCUAAAGAUCUGGAACGAAAGAGACGCGCAGAAGAUUUUCAAGAAAGAAUGAGGCAGCACAGAAACUUUAGAAAUACUGGCAAACGAGCAGCUCAAGAAGAAGGUCUAGGUGAUAAGGUAAACAUUUCACAGGAAGAACAAGCUAUCAAAGAGCGCUACUUGGGUCAAAAGCGUCUGACUAAGCGUCGACCGAGGCGACUUAAUGAGAGGAAAUUUGUAUUUGACUGGGAUGUCGCCGAUGAUACUAGCCAGGAUUACAACCCGCUUUACAAAGAAAAGCAUCAAAUCCAGUUUUUUGGCCGUGGACAUAUUGGUGGUAUUGAUAUUAAGCAACAAAAAAAAGAAAUUGGACGCUUUUACUCAAAGCUGUUAGAAAGCCGCCGUUCUGACACCCAGAAAGUUCAAGAAAAGAAACGUCUAAGUGGUGUGGCAAAGCGUGAAGCUAAGCAGAAAUGGGAUGACAGGCACUGGACAGAAAAGGCCCUUGAUCAGAUGACUGAACGCGACUGGCGAAUCUUUCGCGAAGAUUUUAAUAUAUCUACCAAGGGAGGUAACAUUCCAAACCCCCUCAGGUCUUGGGCGGAAAUGAAUGUUGCUGAUGAACUUAAGGAUGUUAUUAAAAAGGUUGGCUAUCCUGAACCAACACCAAUUCAACGCCAAGCAAUACCAAUAGGUCUGCAAAACCGUGAUAUUAUUGGUGUUGCAGAAACAGGUUCAGGGAAAACAGCAGCUUUCCUUAUACCCCUGUUGAAUUGGAUUCAGCGACUUCCAAAACUGGAGAGACUUGAGGACACAGAGCAAGGACCAUAUGCUAUUAUUAUGGCUCCUACUAGAGAGUUGGCACAGCAAAUUGAGGAAGAAACAGUAAAAUUCGGUCGACCACUGGGAAUCAAAACUGUUUCGUUAAUUGGUGGCCUCUCGCGUGAAGAUCAAGCAUUAAAGCUCCGAAUGGGCGCAGAAAUAGUUAUUGGUACUCCUGGUCGUUUAAAUGAUGUCCUAGAAAACCGGUAUAUGGUACUCAACCAAUGUACCUACAUCGUUUUGGAUGAAGCUGAUAAAAUGAUUGAUAUGGGUUUCGAACCUGAAGUCAACAAUAUUCUCACAUAUUUACCAGUUACAAAUGAAAAACCUGAUAAUGAAGAUGCUGAGGAUGAUUCGAAGCUAUUAAGCAAUUUUGCAACAAAACAUAAGUAUCGUCAGACUGUCAUGUUCACAGCCACCAUGCCUCCAGCAGUUGAACGUCUUGCUCGUUCCUAUUUAAGGCGACCUGCAAUGGUGUAUAUUGGAAGUGCUGGUAAACCCACAGAACGAGUGGAACAGAUUGUUUAUAUGGUUUCAGAACAAGAGAAGAGGAGAAAACUAUUAGAAAUACUUGCUGCAGGACUUGAUCCACCUGUAAUCAUUUUUGUCAAUCAGAAAAAAGGCGCAGAUGUACUUGCUAAAGGACUAGAAAAACUUGGAUACAGUGCUGUUGUUCUACAUGGUGGCAAAGGACAGGAACAAAGAGAAUAUGCCUUGGCAAGUUUAAAGUCUGGUCAAAAGGAGAUCUUAGUUGCAACUGAUGUUGCCGGUCGUGGUAUUGAUAUCAAAGACGUGUCAAUGGUUAUAAACUAUGACAUGUCUAAAACUAUUGAUGAAUAUGUACAUCGUAUUGGGCGUACUGGACGCGCUGGUAAAUCUGGUAUUGCAAUCUCACUACUUACGAAAGAAGAUGCCCCUGUAUUUUAUGAUUUAAAACAAUUAUUAAUUCAAUCUCCUGUGUCAACGUGUCCUCACGAACUUGCCAAUCAUCCGGAUGCUCAAACAAAGCCAGGUAUACUAGCUGCGAAAAAACGACGCGCAGAAGAGACAGUUUACAUAACAUAA